CUGCCUUUCGCCUCUCGUAGUUCAUUUCCUCUCUAUAAAAACUACAUUCCCAGUGACAGUGAAAAAUAGUAGCUUGUCGUUCAUAACCUUAGCGUUUAGGGAUUGUAGUUUAGCUGGUAUAACAGACUAUUCAGAAACCAGUUUGUAUCAACUCAAAUGAACUAUACUUCCCAAGCUGCUUUGUGGCGUUGUUAUAAUCAUCGUUGUACUCGAUGCGGAAAAAUGCAUCGGUGCCUUUGAGAGCAUGGAGGUGAUUGAGACAAUUGUGAUACAAAGUGCUGAAGUGGAAGGAAAGGAAGCGGUCGUGACCAGUGUGGACGCCGAUAAAGCUAAAGCAGAAUUUAUCUGGACACUGCAGGCUACAUGGCAUCUUGUCAAAACCCGGCUAGAAAUGGAUCAGGCUUUUGAUCAGCCAGUAUGCAAGAAAAAGAAGCUUUGGGAGAUGGUGGCAGAGAAGGUGAAUGGCAAACUGAGGGAGUCGGGGGUAACUGAUGUCACUGUGAAGGCAUACGAGUGUGAUCUCAAAUGGAGAAACAUGCUGGCCACAUACAGGAAGAAUGCAGAGCGAGCCAAGAGGCUGGGGGUGGCCAGCGUCCACUGGGAGUUCUUCGAGGCUAUGCAUGAGGUCUUGGGCAAGAGCAGGGAGGAGAUUGAUGCCCAGCGCAGGGCCAAGCUCAGUGGGACUAGAGUGGGUAGGGCCAUUGCUAGCAAGAGGUUUACCCCUAUCCUCCCCACACCUCCUGUGACAGCCACUCCCAGUCCUUCCCGGCUUCCACAGGACGUCCUGCAGCUGUACAUGGAGCUGCAAGAGAGGAAGAUGAACAUGUGGGCCCAGCAGAAAGCCUUGGAGGAGAGGAAGAUAGAGGCCAUCAACAACUUGGCCCAGGCCAUCUCCAGUCUGGCACAGAGGAACAGCACACAGAUGUCAAAGGAUGGACAUUAGGCCAGAACAGAUGUGAAAUUAUCAGAACUUCUUAUCAAAAGCCUUUAUAGUACUGCAUGAGGGAAAGUGCUUUGAGUAUAUUUGUAAUAAACAUUUUUAGAACGGUCAUACUGGUGCAGUUUUACUUUUU